GAAAAUGAGUAAAGGAAGCAGCGGAGCCGCCACGAAAGGUGGGAAGAAGAAGGGUGUGACCUUCGUUAUCGACUGCUCCAAGCCGGUGGAUGACAAGAUCAUGGAUAUCGCCUCUCUGGAGCAGUUCCUCCAGGAGCGAAUCAAGGUCGGCGGUAAGGCCGGAGCGCUAGGAGACUCAGUUACCAUCACCCGAGAUAAGACCAAAAUUACCGUCACGGCAGACUCCAACUUUUCCAAGCGGUAUUUGAAAUACUUAACAAAGAAGUAUCUGAAGAAGAACAGUGUGCGAGAUUGGCUGCGUGUUAUAUCCUCGAACAAGGAUAAAAAUGUGUAUGAAUUGAGAUACUUCAACAUUGCUGAAAAUGAGGCGGAGGAUGAAGAUUAAGAGGUUGAAUUACACCUUUCAAUCUCUAGACACCAUUGAAUUAUUAGUUUAAAGUGCG